AUGGCUGAGUUUACAGAACAAGAUUUCUUUAUGAGUAAAGAACACUCGGACCAUGAAGUAUCUCCAAUGAAAGCAACAACAACGAGUUCCACAUAUUGUCCCUUCCUUAUCACAGAUUGCGAUGAGGAUGACUCCAAUUCAAAUAAAGUUGCAAUGAGCACUGCUAGUUUAGUUGGUGAUACACCAACAAAACGACGGUUUGGUUAUUCACGUCAAGAGAAAAGUCUAGGAACACUGACUCGUCGGUUUAUGUCAUUGUUGAGACAAUCGAAAACGGGUAUCCUGGACUUAAAGCAUGUUGCAGAUUGUCUUGCUACGAAACAAAAACGACGAAUCUAUGAUAUCACCAAUGUACUUGAAGGUAUCGGUCUCAUUGAAAAGCAAUCGAAAAACACGAUAAAAUGGAAAGGUGCUAUCUCCGGUGAUAACACGAUUGAAGCUUAUGAACGUCUGCAUCGAGCCCAAGCUCAAUUACAAGAAUUAGAAGACGAAUCUGCAUUUUGGACAGAGAAACUUCACGUCAUUGAACGUAGUAUCUCUAAUAUAUUAGAUGAUAUUACAUUAAAAGAUAUGUUAUACUUAACAAGAGACGACAUAUGCCAAGCUAUGGAUGAUGAAGUAAUUGUUAUUGCAGAAGGUGUCAAUGGGACUACGAUGAAAAUCAACGAAAUACCAGAUGGCGAAAAUACAUCUCAUCAAUUUCAUAUUCAAAGUCGUCACUAUCCUGUUAAUUUAAAAGUGUUGAAUCGCCAUUCUAAAACCAUACCCCAUAAUGCGAACUCCGAAGAUGCCACUUCUGAACAAAUAUCGUUAAAUCCAUUCAUUCCAUUGGGUGAAAUGACUCAGCCAGAUGAUUAUUAUUUGACGAUAGACGAUACCACGGGUGUGUGUGAUCUGUACAAUAAUGAUGAUAGUCCUCCAGUGUCAUAA